AUGGCAAUUGAAAAUAAUUGUACUGAUUUAGAUCAAACAUCAUUAUCAUCAUUAUUAUAUCAUUUAAAUUUAACAUCAUCAACUGAAUCAAAAUUAUCAUCAUCAUCAUCAUUGAAUGAUGAUACAAAUUUAUUACGAGAAUGGUUACAUAAUGAAACUAAUCAUAUAGAAUUGACAAAUACAACAACAACAACAUCAACAGAAUCAUUAUUCAAUGAUUUUAUUAAAUUUACAGAUUUAAACGAUAUCAAUGAUAAUGAAUCAUCAUCAUCAUCAUUAUUAUCAUCAUUAGGAAAAUAUUGUCCAUCAGCAUGGGAUGGUGCAUCUUGUUGGAUGCGUACAUUAGCCGGUAAUGAAGCAAUUAUACCUUGUUUUUCACAUUUUAAUGGUAUUAAAUAUGAUACAAGUCAAAAUGCAACACGAAUGUGUUUACCAAAUGGAACUUGGGCUGAACGAGCUGAUUAUGAUCAAUGUAAAGCAUUGAAUACAGCCAUACCGAUACCGAUCGAGAAUCUUCAUACAACCUAUAUAUAUUAUUUUGGAUAUGGAUUAUCAUUAUUAGCAUUAUCGAUUGCAUUAUUCAUAUUUCUUUAUUUCAAAGAUUUACGUUGUGUACGUAAUAUUAUCCAUACAAAUCUAAUGGCUACUUAUUUAUUAAUUGCAAUUUGUUGGAUAACAACUGAUCGUUUACAUGCAUAUCCAUCACCAACAUCACAAAAAGCAUCAUGCAUAACGGUUAUAUUAUUAACAUAUUUAAUGGGUACAAAUUUUUUCUGGAUGUUCGUUGAAGGCUUGUAUCUUUAUAUUUUAGUUGUAAAAACAUUUUCAAUUGAAUUUGUUAAAAUAACUAAAUAUUUAAUAAUUGGUUGGGCAUUUCCUGCAUUAAUUAUUUUAUGUUGGUUAUUAACAAAAUUUUAUUUCUCCAAUUAUGAUUCUGAAUUGGUUCAGUGUCCAUUUCAAGCUCAAGAUGAAUAUGAUAACAUCUAUAAAGUACCUAUCCUAGUAGUUUUGAUUAUAAACAUAUUUUUUCUUGGUAAAAUAAUGUGGGUAUUGAUUACAAAAUUACGUUCAUCAAAUUCAAUUGAAUCAAAACAACGUCGUAAAGCAGCAAAAGCCUUAUUAGUACUCAUUCCAUUAUUAGGUGUUGGCUAUAUGUUUGUAUUGGUCACACCAACACAUCCAACAGCCAAAUGGAUAUUUCAGUAUUCACAAGCUAUACUUGUAUCCACACAGGGAUUUACAGUUGCUGUAUUAUAUUGUUUUUGUAAUGGUGAAGUAAGAAAUUCAUUACGAAAUCAUUUUCAACGUUUCCGUUUACGUCGUACAUUACGUUAUGGAGGCGAGUAUCCUGCACAUAAAACAACAUAUUAUCGUACAACUGCAUAUUAUAAUUAUCAUCAUCAUCAUAAACAACAUAAUCAGAUUAAUCAGAAUAGAAAAUUAGUAAUCAAUAAUAAUAAUAAUAAUAAUAAUAUAAAAUCAUUUAAACAUUCAUCAGCAAAUAUUUCAGGAUCAACAAAAAUUCAUCAUAAUCAACAUAAUAAUAAUCAUCAUAAUCAUUCACAACAAAAUAUGCGAUCACGUGAUUCCUGUAUAUCAUAUACAACAACAACAUCAUUUUUAUCACCAAGUUCAACAACGAUGGCUGUUACCGGUAGUAAUGGUGGUGGUGGUUUAAAUGGUUUUGGUAAUAGUAGUGGUGGUGGUGGUCAUCUAUCAAUAGCAUCAACAACAACAACAACCGAAUUAAUUGAAUCAAAAGAAUGUUUAAAAAUGUCAUCAUCAAAUAAUGAUGAUGAUGAUGAUGUUGAUGAUUACGAUAAUGUUGUUACAAUCGAUAAUGGAAUCAAUAAAUUUGAUAAUGAUCAUUCAACAACAUCAAUAACAACAUUAAAUGAUGGCUAUCAUCCAAUAUCGACUAACGAUGAUCAUCAUGAUGAUGAUAAUAAUGAUGAUGAUAAUGAAUUUAUUUCCGAUCCAAUGAAAAUUGAAAUGCAACCACUUAACUCUCAAAUAAUUUCAUUCAAUAUUUGA